AUGGUAGCCCAAGAGGAACAGUCGCCCAAGCGAACUAGUGCCGAGGCGCUGAUCAACGAGGUUGCUAAUGCCGUUCGCAAACGUCCCAAGCGGACCAGGUUCAUUCGCAGGCAGAAACCACUCAAUAGCACGAUCCUAGGCGGCAGUGAGGGCGGCGAGCAUCUUACCCGACCUGAUUACUCUGAGGAUGAUGAAGACGCGGCUACUCUGAAACGUGAGACGGAUUUCCCAGUUCUCCCAACGCGCGCCUCGACACAAAGACUAAGCCGUGCUUCAGGAACAUCCUGCACAACAUCUACCACGGAUAUCACUUCUCUGAGCCUCCCGGCCACCAAUGGCUCGGCAUGUGCUGGUUGCGGCUCAUCAUCUCACCGGCUCAACAUCUGCAUGAAAGCAGGCUCCGUGACCGGUCUCAUGAAAGGAUGCCCAUGGUGCAACACCCUCAACCACAGCCUCGCCAACUGUUCGGAUACAAAGCACGAUCUAGCCAUGCUGCUCGAAGCUAUCCAGAUGCGCGCCAACAUGCCUUUUUUCCUGCCAACACAGGGCUGGGUUCAUGUCGUCCGUGCCGCUGUCGCCGAUGGCCACAAACCUCCAAACAGCUUUCCUUGGACUACCGGGUUCACUAAGAAGAUUUAUAAGUCUGCUGAGUCCUUCCAGGGGGAUCUGGACAAAGUUGGCACCAACAGACGCGUGGGACUUCCUAUCGAUCCAUCCACCAAGGAUUGGGAGACAGUUCAGCGAAACUUUCCAGAGGCGACUUGA